AGACCUCUACUCAUGGGCUCACUCAUGCUCAGAGCUGAGAAGAGCACUUGUCCCGGAGAGACUGGGGGAUCUAAGCUUGUAUUUUCCCCAAAAGGCAUCUGAUGAAUCCCACCUAGGGCUAAAUGGAAGCAUAACCACAGACUCCAGACGUGAAGCGACCUUUCUCAGUGCAAUGGACAAGCCUUUUGGGUCAGAGGUCAAAUUCAUGCUGGAAUUGGGCACAGCCCACCCUGCACCCAGCACCCCGACCAGAGGACAGUGGUCCAGCAAAAUUGAGUUCCUCUUAGCUGUUGCAGGACAAAUCAUAGGCUUAGGAAAUGUGUGGAGGUUCCCUUACCUGUGCUACAAAAAUGGAGGAGGUGUGUUCUUCAUCCCUUAUAUCCUCUUCCUCUUUACCUGUGGCAUCCCCCUGUUUCUCCUGGAGACGUCUCUCGGCCAGUACACCAAACAGGGGAGUAUUACCUGCUGGAAGAAAAUCUGCCCACUUUUUGAAGGAAUGGGUUAUGGCAGUCAGGUGGUUGUUUUAUACUCCAGCAUCUAUUACAUCAUCAUACUGGCCUGGGCUUUCCUGUAUCUCUUCAGCUCUUUCAACUCUGAACUUCCUUGGGCGAGUUGCAGAAACAGCUGGAACACUGAGACCUGUGUGGAGUUUGAUCGAAAGGCUUAUCAUUUAAACUGGACUGUCUCUGCAAACGCAACAUCCCCAGUGAGAGAGUUUUGGGAGAGAAGAAUUCUGAAUGUGACAGGAAGUGUCCAUGAGUUAGGCAGCAUACGUUGGGAGCUCGCUCUGUGUCUUCUGUUGUCCUGGAUCAUCUGCUACUUUUGUGUCUGGAAAGGAGUAAAGUCCACUGGGAAGGUUGUCUACUUUACUGCCACAUUUCCAUACGUGAUGCUGGCCGUGUUGCUUGUUCGUGGAAUCACAUUGCCGGGGGCCUUAGAUGGGAUCAAGUUCUACCUCUACCCAGACCCAUCCCGCCUCACUGAUCCACAGGUGUGGAUGGACGCUGGCACACAAAUAUUUUAUUCCUAUGCUAUUUGCAUUGGGUGUCUAACUGCACUUGGCAGUUAUAACAAGUACAACAACAACUGUUACAAGGACUGUGUGUACUUGUGCCUUCUGAACAGCGGGACCAGUUUUGUUGCGGGCUUUGCCAUCUUCUCUGCACUUGGAUUCAUGGCGUAUGAGCAGAACACAGACAUAUCAAAAGUGGCAGAGUCAGGUCCUGGCUUGGCGUUCAUCGCCUAUCCCCGAGCAGUCGCCAUGAUGCCUUUUCCUCAGGUCUGGGCGAUAUUCUUCUUCAUCAUGGUCAUUUUACUGGGACUGGACAGUGAGUUUGUAGGUCUGGAAGCUAUGGUAACAGCCAUUUCUGACAUCAACCCUUCCUUCUUCCGCGUUGGCCAUCGACGUAAACUUCUCCUUCUCGCUAUCAGUGUUGUUAGCUUCUUCAUCGGCCUUGUGAUGGUUACAGAAGGAGGACUGUACAUCUUCCAGUUGUUUGACUACUACGCCUGCAGUGGGAUGACUCUGCUUCUCUUUGCAAUACUGCAGUCUGUUUGUAUUGGAUGGAUAUAUGGGGCCGACCGGUUUUAUGACAACAUAGAGGACAUGAUUGGAUACAAGCCUUUACCCCUGAUUAAGUAUUGUCUGAAAUAUUUCACUCCAGUAGUAUGCAUGGGAACGUUUAUCUUCUCCCUGGUCAAAUACACUCCUCUGAAGUUCAACAACACGAUUGAGUAUCCGUGGUGGGGUUACGCUCUCGGAUGGUGGUUCACUCUCUCCUCCACACUCAUGGUUCCUCUAUUUAUGUUGUACAGAGUGAUCACCACUCCCGGAACACUGCGGCAGAGGAUGUCCAUCUUGUGUACUCCAGCUGAAGACUUGUCUCUGGACAAAUCAGAGAAGAAAACUCUUGAACUGCUGGACAUGCCCUCGACUCUUGACAACCUGUCCUAAAAACAAGCAAAGAGGAGCAACUUCAGAUUUACUGAACACUACGAGGCAUAAGGAAAAGCUUUACUUCGAUCCAGUGGACCUUUAAAAGACAGUGCUUCCUAAUCUUUUUUAUGCUCUUAAAACAAAGAUUGUUACCCCCUGGCACUUGUCAAACAAAAGCACAUUUUGGUUUGAGCACAAACUCAAAAAACUACAUUUUUAUGCAGCAGAAAUGUUUUUUCUGCAUCCUGUCCUGUUAAUAAUAAUAAUAGUGAGCCCUCAGAUUUAAUGUGUGACACCUUCUGGGCAUUACUGCACUUAAUGGAUUCAGAUUUACUGAUUUUACUUUCCACUUUAUUAAGCACUUCAGACUUUGAAUGCUGACUGAGAAAUGUUUUUUCAGAGGACAAUCUAAGCUCAAAGAUCCACUUCCACGAUUAGCGUUCUGUUGAUCCAUUGAUUCAUCUCCUGGUGGUUUUAGCUCUAUAGCGUCUUUGCAUAUAGCGUCAUAGGUCAGUACGCUCUCCAGAUGGAGGAAGUCACCUGGAGGCAAGAUCUGUGGCAAAGAUACCAUCACACCACACAACUGCCUUUGAGUUGCACUGUUUACAGUUGGUACAACCUAUCAUAUCAGGAAAAACAAGGAACAAGGAAACAAGGAAAAACAAGGACUACUUUUGAGUCUCUAAAAAACUUUUACCAGCCUCUCUAGCACCUCUGAGAGCUAGAAAAAAAUGUAAACUAAGAUUAGUAGCUAAUUACCCAAUCUGGACAUUAUCACACUUGAAAGGUAUUUAUCAGUGGUUAUCAUCCAAUAAGUAUGGGCAAAUAGGGGCCUUCUCCACCUUCUAGUAGGUUUAGUAAGUUGUUAUUAGCCCAUUCAAUGGCCGAUCGCUGUUUUGUUACAUUUCACUUUCAGUUUUGUCCGAAUAAGGCCGCAGCGUGCAGGCUCAUCCAACCCAACCCAACACUUUCCUCUUUUCUUAUUAGAGCAUUAGUGAUUAGCCCAGAUGAGAGAGAGCUCCGUCACUCUUGCCAUCUGGUGGUAGCUAGCAAAUUCACUGAGGGAAGACUUAAGGGCUAAAGAUAUCAGAAGUGUUCUUUGACAGUAAAACAGCGGCAGAGUGGAUUAAAAAGCAUCAAAAAAGGGCUUGUAUAAAAAGCUAAACCCUAAAAUUUGAAAUUUACAGACAUUGUAAAUGGUUACUUAUGUGUUGAAAUGUUCUGAGAAUUUGCUUUUUUUAAUUUUAGUUUUGUUUAGUUUUAACACAGUUGUAUAAAUAUUAACUAUUUUGACAUGAGAGAGGGCUGCUGGUUGUUAUACAAUUGGGACCUGGUCAGUUAUUAGCAGCACGGUCACUUUCAGUUCAGUCUGGAAACUUAACCUUCAGGCAGCAAAAGGAAUUUCUUUUAUUACAGCGUUCUCAUGAAAAAAGAAAAGCCGAAAUUGAAGCUGAAAAGGGAGUUGAAAAGCAAAACAUUGAGAAACAUUGAAAAGCAUAAGCUGAAAGAGGAAUUAGCAAGAGACGGUUGAACGGUGUGAGACAGAGCAGAGCAGGCAAAGAUAGUGUUGCAGACUGUUAAGCUGGGGUUGGUCAGGGAUGGUAAGCUUUCUCAGGAUGUUUUUACGGAGGAGAAGAUAGUUCAUCUUCGUCAUUGGGGUCUCUUGAUGUAAUUUGCGUUUCUUGAUGUUUAAUAAGAAGGAUCCGGAUGUGUCUUUCUCUUUGUAUGAGCGGAUUGCAAAGAUAAGAAAUUGGUGAGACUUUGAUCAAACUUUGCCGUUGCAAUGCGUGAAGUCGGGAAAAAGCAGGAGGCGAAUGCAUCUUUCAGUAAUGAUAACCUUCCUUAAAAAUCAGUCAAGGCUGCUGUAUUUAAUAAGGCGUAUGUGUUAGUCCCAGGCCAGCGUUUUACAACAUGGGGAAAAAAGGGUUCUGCAGUCACAUAUGGUAUUUGUGAGGGAGCUAACUAAUCAUUUUAAUCAUUGGUGCAUGAAGGUGUGGCUUGCCGCUGUGCAUAGGAUGAACCUUGACUGUGGCUUGGUGCAGGGCGAGGUGGAAAAUAUGUUUUUGGAUUCUGUUGUAGUUGUAGUUUCAUCCAAGCUCGGGUGUCCAGAAAACAUAUGACAAGAUUUUGCACCACUUCUCCUGGCCAUAACUGAAGAAAGAAGCUCUGCUGCGCAUUAAAAACUGUAGUACUCGACUGGUAAUCCCAAUCAGGUCAUUAAACCAGCUCUGUUACAGCCUCUUCCAGCUAUCAGUCAGCUGUUUCGGUACCCUGCAGGGUCUGGUAACCAGUAUCUGUUCACUGCCAUGUUUCAAAGAGUGGGUGGGGGGCUCGGAAGAGGGGAUACAGUGGUUUAUUUUAGAUGCACAGGAGGAAAGUACAGGGUUUAACCCAGAUGAUUUUGUCUUCAGCCACAUUGUACAGGGUCAGCCGUCUGUGUUUAGGGAUGAAUUGAAGGAAUCAGAUCCACUAAUCAACCAUAUUGACUACAUGAAUAGUUAAGGCAUUGGUUAUAUACUGCAGGGGAGCGGUUAGUGAUGGAGAAGAGGUAUGAUUGCCAUGCUGAGGUGUAUGACUUUAGUGUGGGUGAGCAAGUUUCUGCUCUUUGUCCUUUGCUGAACAAUCAAAAACCCUGCAGAGUCCAUGUGCUGGCUCUGUCUCCUCCCUGGGACAGUAAGCUGGGUUUUUGGUUGCAGUUGUUGGGUUUGUGUUGCCACACCCUACAACAUUGCACAUACACACUCUUUCCCUCGUGCCAUUUUUGCUUAUGUUAUUCUUUUACUAAUACUUUUUUUUUCAUGGCCAUGCCGCCUGGUUGGUGACAAUCUGGAGUAACACUGACUGUUACUGUUGCCAAAUAAACCAUACAGAUUGAACGCUUGAGUCACUUUUAGGUCAUUGUGAAAGAUACAUUUUUUUAAAAUUGCCACUAAAAUUAAAUAAAACAGUGAAGAGAGAAGGAAAGGAUGUCAGACAAUAAGAUUCAGAUUCAUGCCUGUGCAAUUCAGCAUUAUCAAGUUUUCGUUUGGUGUUAAAUAAAAUGAAACACCAGCAAGUUGGAUUGUAAUGAUGGAAGAGUGUAUUUUUAUUGAGUAAUGUAAAUUAUAUUGUAGUCUCAACUCUAUGCUUGUUUUAUUGUAGUUUUUAUACAAAAGGUGGAGGUUAAUAUUCAUACUAUUUUGUAUCAUUUUUUGUACCAUAUAUCAUUGAAAUUGUGCCAAUAGUAUUUGUGUAGCACGUAAAUGGUGUAAGACUACAUUUUUCACAUUUAAGAAUCAAUCAAGAAGCUGUAUUUUUUCAAAGAAAAUUACCAUUUUUAAAAGAUAUCUGUGGCACAAAUUGUGUGAAUUCAUGUUUAAAUUGAAAAUGUCACAUUUUACAGAUUUCCGAACAACCAGUUAGCAAAUGUUUUGCAUGUUUGUGUGAUUGAUUACUGUAUGUUAACACCACAAUUUAAAUAUUAUUAAACACUGUGCCAAUCUUAAAAUAUAAUCCAUGAAUGAGACGAUCUGGUAUUCAUGUGAUCAAGUAUUUUGUAGGCUUUAGUAAACUGGCGGCUGAUCAUUAUUGAUUUAUUUCUUUGUUUUCAUCUCAUUUGGUCAAACUGACUAAUAAAUCUGAAAAAGACUCAAAACACAGAUUAAAUAAAGAGAUAAAAUUUAGUGAGGUUGCAGUAAAUCCAGUAAUGAAUAUAAUUUACAAACAAUUAAUGUUUCAGUUUAAUGAUCACUUACCAGUUUGCUGUUUAAUGAUCAAUUUUGAACUUUUUGUAAACCUUAAAAAAAUCAACAACUUGUGAAUAAAAUUGUAAUAAAAUCAAAUUGAGUUACUUAAGUGUCAGUAAUCCAUAAAUUAUUUGUUUUGUGAACGCGACA